AAAAUGACGGCGUGGAUAAAAUACACACGUCCCGGUGAGCCCCACACACACAUCCGUAUCCCAUUGAACCACAGCCCUUUUCUCCAAGCUCGAUCACCUGGCCAGCUGCCAGAUUACCAUCUGACUCUUGGUCUUGGGCACAUUCGCUUAUCAACGGUCAGGAUUCGAAGCCCAUAGGUGUGCUCCCGUGGGCCCUAUAGACACAAAAUGAAUCAACAGAUAAUGAGAAGAAGAUAAAACGCUGAGAAAGAGGAGAGAAAGCGAGCCAUCCCAAAACUCUCACCGCUGUCUGGAGCAUGGGUUUUUCGAGCUGCAGUUUGGGAGGCGCGACUCUUCAAACCCUAAAACUAGUAACUUCCUUCCCUUUCUCCAUCCUCAGACCCUCCUCUCCCAAAACCCUAAUCCUACAUUCUCCCCAUUGCACUCGCCUUCCUUCCCUUUUUAGGUCUCUUUCAGCACAGACCGCCCUUCAAACGCCCUCCUCCGUCACAUCUGAGAAAGAUAAAGCAGUAGCUAAGCCUCAAUGGAAAGCUGCCAUAGACUUCAAAUGGAUUCGCGACAACAAAGACAUUGUUGCGACGAACAUCAAGAACCGCAACUCAAACGCCGAUUUGGAGCUCGUUCUCGAUCUUUACGAGAAGUUGAUGAGCCUUCAGAAGGAAGUCGAACGGAUUCGUGGGGAAAGAAAUGUGGUGGCAAAUAAGAUGAAGGGGAAGCUAGAAGUGUCUGAGCGCCAAGCACUAAUAGAAGAAGGAAAGAAUCUAAAAGAGGGACUUGUGGCUUUGGAAGAGGAUCUCAUUCAACUAACUGAUAAACUUCAAGAAGAAGCACAGAGUAUACCGAAUAUUACUCAUCCAGACGUUCCAAUAGGAGGGGAGGACUGUUCUGCAUUGAAAAAGAUGGCGGGUAGUCCUCAUGUGUUUAGCUUCCCUGUCAAGGAUCACCUGCAACUUGGGAAAGAACUGGAUCUGUUGGAUUUUGAUGCAGCAGCAGAGGUCAGUGGUUCGAAAUUCUACUACUUAAAGAAUGAGGCAGUUCUAUUAGAAAUGGGCCUUAUCAACUGGACACUUUCGGAAGUUAUGAGGAGGGGUUUUGUGCCUCUAACGACUCCUGAGAUCGUGCGAUCAUCUGUUGUUGAGAAAUGCGGCUUUCAACCUCGUGGACAAAAUACCCAGGUUUAUUCUAUUGAGGGGAGUGACCAGUGCCUCAUUGGAACCGCAGAGAUUCCUGUAGGGGGGAUUCAUAUGGAUUCCAUUCUCACUGAAUCUGUGUUGCCUUUGAAGUAUGUUGCCUACUCUCAUUGCUUCCGCACAGAGGCUGGUGCGGCGGGCACUGCAACAAGAGGUCUUUACCGAGUUCACCAGUUCAGCAAGGUGGAGAUGUUCAUCUUAUGUAGGCCAGAGGAUAGUAAUUUCUACCAUGAGGAGCUGAUUGGAAUCGAAGAAGAUCUUUUCUCAUCUCUUGGGCUUCAUUUCAAAACUUUGGAUAUGGCAUCGGGGGAUUUAGGUGCACCUGCAUACCGCAAAUUUGAUGUGGAGGCAUGGAUGCCAGGUUUAGGGCGGUACGGUGAGAUAUCAAGUGCCUCGAACUGUACAGACUAUCAAAGCCGGAGGUUGGGUGUCCGUUACCGUCCAUCUCUAUCGGACCAGUCAUCGGCCAAUCCUAAGAAGGGUAAGGCUAACCUUGCUCCCACACAGUUCGUGCACACCCUUAAUGCCACAGCAUGUGCUGUUCCACGCAUGAUCGUGUGUUUACUGGAGAAUUUCCAACAAGAAGAUGGCUCCGUUGUUAUUCCGAUGCCACUGAGGCCUUUCAUGGGCGGUCUGGAUCUCAUCUCCCCAAAAUCUAAAUGAUGGGAUGAAAAUUAUGUUGUUUUAAUUUAUUUGGAGAUCGACUCUAGAGAGCAUUUCCUGAAAAUGAGAGUAAGGGAGAUAUUGAUGGGGAAGAGGAAGGCUAUUUCUGGAUGCCUUAUCUUCAAGUGCCAAACUCAAAUGCACCACAUUUACCCACAUGGCAAUUGUGUGCUGCAUUCAGUAUGUUCAUCAGAUGGUUUUCACAUGUGAGCAAUACAUGCAUGUUGAAUGCAGACUGGCAUUGAUUUUUUGUUUCCUUGAUGUGUGCUGGAUUCUUGUAAAGAAACAUUCACAGUGGGGACAUGCCUAUCAUUAUCAUCAUUGUCGUCUAAGCCUUAUCCCAACUAAUUGGGGUCAGCUAUACAGAUCCUGUCCUGCCAUUCCACUCUAGAAAUGUCCCUGAUCUUGCACACACCCCUCAUUUGCAUGUGGUGUGUUGGUUUUUGGCACAUGAAUAUGCUGCAUCUGGAAUUGGCAUUCUUAUGCCAAAUAAACACUGAAUAGAAUGCAAUUUUGAUUUUUUGGA